CAGCAAGAACUGCUUGAUCAUGGCUACAGUCUGUUUGCAGCUGAAAGUUUUCUCUUUUUCAACACGAUACUAUGAAAACGAGUUUUGCCCCCUCCCCUCCAGCCCCAAACUGAAUCACAGGGAGUUUCUGGGCAGGAGUUUUACUACUGAAAUUUUCCCAACCACCUGCUCGUGGGCAGGAGCUGAAAGCUUGUAAUGAAUGGAUUCGCUCAUGCGGAGAGCAGGGAAGACCCCAGGAUGAAAUCACUGCAGAAAAGAAAAGAGCCUGUCAGAAGAUACACGAAAAACCCCGUCCUUCCCAAGGGUUGGGCGCGAGCAGCGGGCAGCCGAGCAGCCUGGGUCCACAUAUGGAUGCAGGCUGUAUUUUUAAGGAGGGCGGCUUGCACAACGUCCAUCACAUCAUGGCUCGCAAGUUCCAGCAGUUCGGACCCAUCUACAGGGAGAAGCUGGGUGUCUACGAGAGCGUGAACAUCAUCAGCCCCCGGGACGCUGCCACCCUCUUCCAAGCGGAGGGGACUCUGCCGGAGCGCUUCAGCGUGCCCCCCUGGGUGGCUUAUCGUGACUAUCGCAACAAGCCCUAUGGCGUGCUCCUCAAGACUGGGGAGGCCUGGCGCUCGGACCGCCUGAUGCUGAACAAGGAGGUGCUGUCGCCGCAGGUGGUGGAGGGUUUCGUGCCUCUGCUGAGCGAGGUGGGCGAGGACUUUGUUCGGCGGGCACGAGCCCAGGUGGGGAAGAGCGGCCGGGAGCGCUGGACGGCCGAUUUCACCCACGAGCUCUUCCGCUUCGCCCUCGAGUCCGUAUGCCACGUGCUGUACGGGGAGCGGCUGGGGCUGCUGCAGGACUUUGUGGACCCCGAGGCGCAGCGCUUCAUUGACGCCGUGAGCCUGAUGUUCCACACCACGUCGCCCAUGCUCUACCUGCCACCCACCCUCCUCCGCCACCUCAACGUCAAGACGUGGCGGGACCACGUCCAGGCCUGGGAUGCCAUCUUCUCCCAGGCGGACAAAUGCAUACAAAACGUCUACCGGGACCUGCGACUGCAACGCAAGAGUGCCAACGAGUACAUGGGCAUCCUCUGCAGCCUCAUCAUGCAGGACAAGCUGCCCUUGGAUGACAUCAAGGCCAGCGUCACCGAGAUGAUGGCGGGCGGGGUGGACACGACCUCCAUGACACUGCAGUGGGCCAUGUUCGAGCUGGCACGGUCCCCGGGGGUCCAGGAGCAGCUACGGGCAGAGAUCCUGGCUGCCAAGCGGGAAGCGGCAGGGGACAGGGUGAAGAUGCUGAAAACCAUCCGGCUGCUCAAAGCCACCAUCAAGGAGACGCUCAGGCUGCACCCCGUGGCGGUGACCCUGCAGAGGUACACCACGCAAGAGGUCAUCCUCCAGGACUACCGCAUCCCCGCCAAGACGCUGGUGCAGGUUGGUCUCUACGCCAUGGGCCGGGAUCCUGAGGUCUUCCCCAAGCCGGAGCAGUUCAGCCCCCAGCGCUGGCUGGCAGCUGGCCCCAAGCAUUUCAAGGGGCUGGGUUUUGGUUUCGGACCCCGCCAGUGCCUGGGACGCCGGAUUGCCGAGCUGGAGAUGCAGCUCUUCCUCAUGCAGAUCCUGGAGAACUUCAAGAUCGAAACCAUGAGAGCGGUGGAAGUUGGGACCAAGUUCGAUCUCAUCCUGAUCCCGGACAAACCCAUCUACUUGACCUUACGGCCGCUCGAGUCCCAGGCGUGA